AAGAUGGGAGAUUGGAGUUUUUUGGAAAAACUCCUUGAUGAAGUACAGGAACAUUCGACAGUGAUUGGGAAGAUUUGGCUCACUGUGCUCUUCAUAUUUCGGAUUCUGAUCCUGGGCACAGCCGCAGAGUAUGUGUGGGAUGAUGAGCAGUCGGAUUUUGAUUGCAAUACAGCGCAGCCAGGUUGUGAGAAUGUUUGCUACGACAAGGCUUUUCCAAUCUCACACGUCCGCUACUGGGUGUUGCAAAUCCUCUUUGUGUCAACACCAACACUUAUCUACUUGGGCCAUGUGAUACACAUAUCAAGGCAAGAGGUAAAACUGAAGCAGCGAGAGGAGACACUGAGGUCCCUGCAGAACAAAGACAGCGAAACUGAAUACAUUUUGAAAGAGAUUGAAAAAAAGAAGUUAAAGUAUGCCAUUGAUGAAAGAGGAAAGGUCGAAAUUAGGGGAGCACUAUUGUGCACCUACACACUCAGCAUUAUCUUCAAGAUGACAUUUGAACUGAGCUUUCUACUAGGUCAGUGGUAUUUAUAUGGCUUUGUGAUGCCUGCCAUUUAUGUCUGUCGAAGAAUUCCCUGUCCACAUCAGGUAGAUUGUUUUAUAUCCCGUCCUACAGAGAAGACCAUCUUCAUUUUAUUUAUGUUUGUGGUAGGUCUGAUAUCACUGCUGCUGAACCUUAUGGAAAUGUUCCACCUCAUUGGCAAGUGUAUUUUUAGAAACAUUCAGAGCAAUUCCAAGAAACAGCUUUAUCCAAAAUUGUCUAAAUUUCCAGGAGGUCCCUACAUUGAAAAGGAGUCAGUACCAGUACAGUACAUGUACCCAUCCAUGGAACAGACUCAUGGACCUUACCAGAGUUGCAACAAGUCAUCGACUCAGCAGAAUUGGACAAACUAUACUACAGAGCAGAUAUUAGCAGGCCAAAAGGUGAAUUCCACACCACCAGGACCUUUGCCAUCAUUUAACUUCUUGAGUGAUGUCCCUGAUAAAGUAGACCAAAGCUCAGUUCAACAGCAAAGGCCUAUUAGUCCAGUCAGCAGUGUGAGCAGUCGGAGAAGGGAAACUGAUGUUGCAAUCUAAUUUCGAAUGAACAUCAAGUUCUGAAUGAGCAAUAUUUAAGAAUGGUUAUGUUUGACAAAUGAGUUUGCAGGAUUUCAGACAUAGCCUAUGAGCAAAGUUGAAUGAUAUCCAAUAUGGAUUUCAACACAUUUGACAUGAUUUAGGUACUGUACUAAGAUGGAUGCCACUGUGCUGAAUAAUGGACAAGUACAUGUCUCUGAGUCAAUCACUGUAUGGAGUUAUUACUAAACUUGUAAUUUAUUUACUACUUACUGUGAGAUUUCCUAUUUCUUGGUUAAUAUUUUGUGAUUGAACUAUGCCAUUGGACUGAAUGAAACCUUUUUAGAAGCCUUUCUUUGCUAUUUUGUGGAAAUGCUCAAGUGAGUUGGUGCCAGGCCAAUGCCAGUGAUGUUCUAUAACCAAUCAGCAGGAAGUAUGCAAGAAAGGGUUUGAAUGAGUUGCUCUUGGAGUUCAUUUUUCUAUCACCCUCCCCUCAGCUCCCUCCACAUAACAUUAAUAAUCUUACAUUUAGAAGUCAAAGCACUUCAAAAAAAUCAAGGGAAAACUCAACUUUCAGUAAGGAUUAGUUACUAAUUAAUAAAAAAGGUGAUAGUUAAUGACAUAAAACACAGCUUGGUACAAAUACGUUGUAUUUAUUAAAACCUCCCCCAGAAUGAUAAAUGAUGUGUCAUUGAGUCAUAGAGAUAUACAGCACUGAAACAGAUCCUUCGGUCCAACUUGUCCAUGCC